AUCGAAGGGCCACAAGAUGGCGACACUCUCUUCCUGAACAAACAACGCCGCGGUCAACGUCAAAACAACUCGAGGCUGCGGGCGCUACAAGACAAAGCCACAAAGUCAGCAGAAUGCUUUCGACUGAGGAGAAAACUCAGCCGCAUCUCGAGCACAUCAUGGACAGGGGCUUCACGAGGCAGCAGCAGCAAGUGGCCGAGCUGUGCACGAUACACCCAGCGGCGGGCGGUAAGAUGCGGGCCAAGCGCGCCGCCGGAGAGCCGAGCGAAUUCUGCGCGGACGGCACCGGUGGCGUCCUGAUGGCCAAGCGCAAGUACAGCGCCCACCUGAAGUUCGCGGACAUCGACGCGGCAAUGCUUCAGUGGGUGCUCGAGAUGACGUCACAGAAGGUCCCCCUCUCCGAUAGCGCCAUACAGGCGAAAGCCAAACAACUUGCACAGGUGUUGGGCACCACCGAUUUCAAGGCGUCCAACGGCUGGCUGUACAAGUUUAAGGAGAGGCACGGAUUCGCGCUGAAAAACGUCUCAAAGGAAGAGCCCCGCACCACGCUGGACGACUUCGGGGCCGGCACCUGCGGCCUGGGCAACUACCACCACGCGCUGCUCGACCACGACCCUGCCAGGGUGUACAGCUGCUGCGAGACCUCGAUCCUCUACAAGAAGCCACCGUCCUUCAACGGCUGCGACCCGAUCCCGACCACCGACAACAGCGGCGCUAGUCCGGACGACCGCCUUACGGUGCUGCUCUGCUGUAACGCCAACGGCACGCACAAGAUCAAGCCUCUGGUCAUCAACAGUCAGCGUGAAUCCAAGGAGGUCCAGGAGAACAAGUCCAAGCUGCCUGUGACGUACACCUGGCAGCGAUCUUCCUUCAUGACGAGUAACAUCUUCCAGCAGUGGCUCUGGGAGUUCGAGAAGCAGGUCGAACACAAUGCCGUCCUCAUCCUUGACACGUGCCCGGCUCACGUGAGUGUCCAGUCGGACCGCGUCAAGCUGCUCUACGUCCAGUCCAACAUGCGCGAGCUGCAGCCCCUCUACGGCGGGGUGCUCAACAUGUUCAAGUGCAAGUACCGUGCAGACCUGGUGGUGCACUACCUCAACUUUCCCAACCUCGGCAACCAGAUCUCGUUUCUUGAUGCGUUGCUGCUCCUGGGAGAGGCCUGGAACAAGAUCCCGCGGGAGACCAUUGUCAGCUGCUGGGUCCGGUCCCAGCUCCUCCCUGUCCGGAUGUGCGCCGGCAAGUCACACAACAGCGGCGAUCCGUUGGACCAGCUUUGCUCCUCGCUGAUGAAGGUCCGGCCCGACAUCACCCGCAAGGAUGUCGAGGACUACCUUCACUGCGACGAUUCCUGUUCCACGACGUACAGCUUCAGCGAGGAGGCCAUAGAGUGCGCCAAGCCCGGGAUCUCGGAGGCACCGCCUCAGAGUCAAUACCACCACGGCGGCUGUCCGACCAACCUGCGUCCGGGAGAGAUCCUCGGGAUGCUGGACAAGAUGGAGCACUUCUUCACACACCAGGCGCUGACGAGCACCACGGAUCUCCUGGCCAUCCACAGUCUGCGUAGUAAGACCAUUCAGAUAGCCACCAACGACUUCCAAAGUGAGUGACUCGUGGUGGUGGUGCCUGGCAACGACGGGCACCACGCCUUGCAGAGUCUCUGAUUUCGGCAUCCUGCAGAGCCGCGUUCGAGAUUGUUUGCAGCCAUCAUUACUAGUUUGCGUUUUCCCUUGUACACCUGUUUGCAGGCUUCGAAGUGCCGGAGAAGCUUUAUUCUUUUUGCGCACCGCAUGCACCAUUAUUGCCAAGUGUUUCCUCUCCACUUUGCGUCUCUGGCAGUAGAGAAGUAGAGAGAGGGAAGCGCAGAAAGGGGAGAACUUCUCCCAUCGAUUUGAACCUGCAAGACACCUUAGUAAUGCUGACGGUCGGUUUGACGGCAGCUGCAGUUGUAGUCGUGUUGUUGCUGACCAUUUACACCUGAGUAGCACUGCAGUGGUGCGAUCUAGGAAGUAGGUGCAAAUUAUGCAAUGCGAUUUAGAUGUCGCCCGGUGGCAGAUAAGCUUUUAAGUUAGACAUAGGAGGAAAAUCUCGUUGGUAGUCAUUUAUCACUUGACCAUUUGCCCAAAUGGCAUCCAAUCGUGUUAGUACUGUCUCAUAGCGUUUCUGUUAAAGUUCUAUGUUGCAACGAACAAGGAACCACUGCUACUAAGCAGGCAUUCCAAGGACUGCCAUGGCUGACGCUGGAUACGAGCUUGACAGAAUGCCGUAUUUUCUUUCUUUUGGACCAUGCCAAAUGAGUAUUAUUUUACACCUGUUUAUAGUCCUUUUAAGUUCCUACUGUAUACACCGUUUUUAAAUGCCAGUCGAGUAACACUGCCUGUGCAGUUUUUGAGAACUUUUUUGUGUAGCACUCUUCGUGUUUUUAUAGUCUCGCUUUUUUUUUGUAGAAGUUCCUUGUUGUGCAGCUCAUGCUUUGCACUGAUGUGGCAUUAUCUUUUUAAUCUGUUCUUGUUUUUCUUGUAGCCUACUCCAUGUUUAUCCCAGAAAAGGCAUUGCAUACGUUUUGUGAAAGGGCAGUUUUAAAGGUUUUAUGACCGGUCACAUGUAGAUAUGUCUACAAGUUAUCAUAUAAUGAUAUUUCAUCUUUACAUUUUCCUGUGGCAUUGAGUGAUCAAUUGUAUAUAACUUUCCAGUUUUCUGGAGCCAGGUUCUUUAUCAAUGAAUGUUUAUGCUAAUUUAAAUCCUCAGUUUUUGGCCAGUAUUUUUCAGUCUGGGCAUUAUAAGUCCUUUUUAAUGGCGAGCUGUUUUAUACCUGGGAACUAUGCACAAGUAAAACAGUUUGGCCUGCCACCGAUGCAUUAAAACAUUUUGCAGUGCAUUAAAGGUACAUAAGCUUACAAAGAUUGUAGCAAAGUAGUGUACAGCAUUUAGUACAAGAUAAAAUAAACGCUAUGCAGUUUUGUGCGCCAUGCUUAGCAGGAGCAUUGUUAAAUGGCACACCUCUGAAGUUGAAAAACAACAUCGAAUGAUAUGCAGCAGUCCUGUUGAAAUCGAGAUUUUUGUAGAUUUUGAAGCACCACACAAAACCAUCAGUGUGUCUUUUGCCAGUAGUGCAUUGAUAACUUACAUAUCCUAUCCAACCGGAUGGUUUUUCUAUGUCAAAGGUACACAUAUCAAGACUUCCAUUAAAGUAACAUGUAAUUUGUUAAGCAGGGAUGUUUUGGUGAUUUUGCCAUUUGCAAGGGAACAGGUAUUCUUGGAGUUCAGACCACUUCAAGUUUCUCACUUGCUACCAGUUGCCAACAUUUUUUUUUUUGCAUUAUUUUUAUAUUUGUGCAUACAUGAUGUAAUUUGCAAGUAAAUCAAUUUAAAAUCUUGUAAGUACAAAGUUAGCUGCAUACCUACUUGUUUAUGUUAGGAUAGGUGCACCUGUAAUCAAACUUAAAACCAGAGUACAGGGGUACUUUUCAGUGCCAACAAGAGUAAGUUUUGAUGUUAUCCGGGGCACGCUUAUGCAUAAGUGAAGUGGUGUAGUAUGCAUAAAAAACACAAAAAUAUCAAGAAAAAAAAAAAACUUAUCAAAAGGGUUGGUCUAUAUGUAACUUUUUCUGAAAUACAACAGGAGAAGGCCAAAUGGCCACAUUGUUUAAGUGUCAUUGGGCUCUGAGGUAGAUCAAACAAGUCAAUCUUGUCUCAUGUUUCACAUAAUUCUUUGGUGGGUAAAAUGUUAUAGCGGAAGAAUUUUCAACAUGUUUUCUUGCACAACACUAAGUUGAGCAGAUUUUGAAGCUGAGAAACUAUAUUCAACUGGUAUACUUUUAUUGUGUAAAGAUUGUAACUGUCUUCAGCUUGAAAUGAACUGUGAUGUUAGUCAUAUGGCUCAAAAAAAGAAGAAAACACAGUUUUUAAAGUUUCUUUGCUGUUUUCAUGUGAGCAAAAUCAAAAUUCCCGUUGGUUGCCUUUGUACCUCGUAAUCCCUUGACGCCUGUUUAGUCGUGCAAAUCUUCCACCGACAUUUUGGAAGGUCUGCAGUGUACAAAGUAGAUACAUUUUAAUUGCACAUACAACUCUAAAAACAAUUCUUUUUUUUUUUAGCCAAAUGUUGAUAUGUGUUUAUUGACUUUAAAGGGGCCCUGCAAUCAUAUUUAAGCAUCUACCUUUUUUGUGGUUUCCACGUCUCGGGGUUCGGGCAAGCCAGCGGGCACGGAGAGAGUAACUAAAUAUCAGUGCGUCAUAUUUUAACCAUACGACACGGAAACCUCCACCAUCUACGGGAGGUGACCUGCGGUGCCGAAAGCUCACGAUAUGUGACGUCUUUGGUCCUGGGCUUACUACUGGUCAGAGCCACUAAAAGCUUCUUUUAGUCGACAUACAAAAUAUAAGUGGCACGAACCGUUUCAAUUAUUUAUAAAAGUAGUUUUUGUUCAGUAUUUUAGAUCAGUGAAACAAAUGCAGUUUAGAAAGUACAGAAACAAGAAAUGACUUGUCGACAUACCCGCCACCAAGCAGUGGAAAAGGUGGCGCAUACUAAAAAGGUGUAGUGAGAUCAGGCAUCGACGAGCGGCGACCGUAGAAAGGUCCAGAAUGUACGCGGCGGUGCUGCUUUUGUAUGGACUGGAGGAUCCGACUGGUUCCGAGCGUUCCGAAGUCCUUUGGCGAGCAGCUUUGGCUCGCGGUUUGGCUUUUUGGCGGUAUGGCAGCGUGAAGUGGUUCCCGUUCUGAACUUAUCUUUACCCCGUGUUUUCUGUCGUUUGUGGCCAAUGAAGUGUCAUGCCGAAUUAGUGUUUAAUCGCGCAGUAAAUGCAAUGCGAGCCGCCCUGGCUGCCCGCUUCAUACAGCCUAUCCAGAAAAUGGUUUAGUGGCGCUUUCUCGAGCCGCCGACAUGAAGUGCGGCAACCGUGAGCUCUUGCCUAGCUCACUACCCCUCCUCUAGUUCACGGCCACUCAAACGACCAAGGAAAUCAUGAAAAAGGUUAUUUUUUGCUUGUUUUUGUAGUUCAAAUUUGCCUAUAACUCUUAAAAUAAAAAAAAGUUUACUGAAGUUACUACAUUCGGUGCACUCAGGUUCGGUGCAAAUUAAAAAUCAGUAAAAAAAAGUCCUUGCAGAGGGCCCCUUUAAGAUGUCUCAAAAUCAAUCUGAAACACCUUGCAGCAGUAGGAUCUUUACAGAGAGGCUUUUAUGUGCCAACACAUUUUCAUACUGCACUCAAAGUCAUUGCCGCCAAAGAACCUUGUCAGAAUAAUGGUACAAAAUGCAUGUCGGUUUUUCCAUGAUGUGAUGUGGUACCCUUCCAUUUAAUAUCUGCCAUCAAUGCUUCCACUCGACUUGUUUCAGAUUCGCUUCUGCAAUGGAAAGAUUUGUGAGCGUGCACUAAGUUCCCCACAAAAUGUUUACUGGAGCGUUUUUUUUUUCUUAGUUUAGGAUGUUUUUAAAGGCCUGUUGCUAUGCAAUAUACAAUCUUGGCAAUUUUUAAUGAUCAGGUUCUCUAUAUUGUAUCUUCUUAUAUGUGUAUAAGAAGCUUUACUAUGAAUUUGGGUCUGUUUUUGCCAAGUUAUAUGAGCAAAACAUAGUGUGUCAAAUAUUUCUUGAUGUGAAGGUCAUCCACCUUCAACAUGGUUCAUUAUUGUUUUCUUGUCAUUUUUGUUCUAUUAUAGUAAUUACAUGCAAUGUUCCAAAACACUAAUUUUCUGUUCAGCCCUACUACACUGAUACAAAUUUGUUGUCAGCAUCUAGAGGCAGAUUUAAGAGUGUUUGCAAGUUGGUGUUGAAUAUGUUGGCAGCCCAAAUCGUUGGCAUGCUAAUGCCUAUUAUGGUCCACCUGGCCAUAUUAAUCACAUUACCAAUUGCCAUGUUAAGCACAUUCCAGUUUAAUUAUUACAAUAUUGUUUUGUUUUAAGGUUCUCAAAAAGAGUGAAAAAAAUGAAGCUACCAAGGUCUUAUUGUCCUUCUAGACCAUAAAUCCACACUCUUGCACAGUACAGCAAAAUUAAGUUAACAUCAAGGGCAGUAUAUUUUAAGGCAUUUCUGGCUCCGCAUAGGUAACCAGAAAUGCUUGUAGGGCAAAGCUGUACGUCCUUAAAUUUGCGUAGUUAGGAAUGUUUUUUUCUUAAAGUGGCUUUUUGUUUUGCCCCUGCCUUAGACACUGUUUUGAUAACUAUCAAAUAACUCUGUCUGGGUUUGAAUAUCCAAAUGUAAUGCAAAACUUAGUGAAUUGUAUUUGAAAUUAAAAAAAAAAAAAGUAUUUCCUCUUAGGUGUCUGGUAGAAAUACAAAAAGUGUAUUCCUUUUUAUUACCUAUAGGAGCAUCUGCUGGCGAUUUGUACACUUGUCUGCAGCUUACUGAGUGGAAACUUCAGUUAAUUUUUAUCAACAAGCUAAUAACCUAUGCUCAACUCUUUUGCUAGCUAAAAUAUACAGCCACAAAAGUGUUGAUCUGCACUUGUAAUUUGCAGGUGUCCUUUUUUUUUUACCUUGUUUUUUUGCCCCCUCCUGUCGUCGAAAUGGUGGCAAUGUAUUUCUUAGCUGUGUUUAUACUGUGUUUCUCUAAAAUGUUGGGUUGCACUUGUGGUGUGAUUAACGUAACAAUCUGAAAGUCUCCAGCAAACUGCCCUAGAGGCCAGUGUUUCACUGCCCCUUGAUGUCCGUCCCACCUUUUUAAAAUUACCCUUCCUUUCUGCACUGGAUGGGCACCUCAUUUGUGACCCGGUUAUGGCAGCAAUCUCUUUUUCGUGAAUGUUUUUUACAUGCUUUUCUUGCUCUCUUACAUGCUCCCAUGUGGAGUUGUGUGUUUGUUCUUUUUUCCUGCUUUUACUCCCAAGUAAAACGACUCUUGGGGGUCAUGAACACUUAGGGCCACUGCAAUCUACUAUCUGGUUGCAUGUCACACAUGCUAGAUCACGCUGAAGCCACUGGAAGCCUAUGCUGGUCCCAGGUGUAACCAAUUUGUGCACUUGGGCAGUUUUUAGGGAGACAUUUUUGUCAUCUUUGCGGGAGUUUUUUUUUUAUUUUCCAUUUUGUAGCCAUCGAGCAUGGUGUACACGCUCAUUCAUGGUAUGUGAGCAUCAUCUCAUUCUUUUAUUUUUAUAUAUCUUUUCUCUUCACCAACAUAUUACAAAUUUUCACUUAACCCAUGCUAGAUACUUUAUUCAAUACAUAUUCAAUGUGCACAUGAAAUCACCGCUUAAUAUGCUUUAAAAUGCCACUGAUGCUACACUUUUGGGAUAAUGCUCACCUAUCGGAUUUUCACUGGCUUCAAAUAUUGCUGAGGCAUGCCCAUCGGGCAUCCUUCCCUUGUAGAAAUCGCUGGCUAGGGUCAUGUCCCCCUUGAGUAAUUUUCUUGAUAAAGGUUACCUAAGCAAAACAUUUUAACAUGCACACGAUGAGAGAUCACUGGUUGAUAUCUGGAAUGUGCACAUUCUAUUCGGGAUGUGUUAAAUUUUACAUUCAUGAUUUCUUUUUCUUUUGAUUGUGUGAAGGUGUUUUUAUUGGGAAUGUCACCUUGUAGUUGUUUCUGCUUGCUAUCCAUGGUGAAACUUUGUGUUCGAUGUUCGAGUAUUUUUGUUUAUUGUCUGCUAAUGCAACGGCAUUGUUGUCCCAUUUUAUGUUAGCUUGCAUUAUCCCAGUAGUGGCAUAUUUUAGCUUGUGUUUUACAAACCUAUUGUGUUAAAUUGAGUGUAGUGUGUGUUUUAGUAUAGCCCUGCAUCAUAUAUACUCAGUAAAGUAGAGCAGCUUAGUUUCACAAUUUUUCUGCUGCAUCCUUUUUGCUGCACAUUGCUUUAGGUAAUGACUCUGGAUGCCUUGAACAAAGAACGAUCAAAUGUCUUACCUUAGCAAUAUGUUGAGCUUGUAACACUAGGUUACUUUUUAAUUGAAGUGUCUGUGCCCUCUUUGAGACAACUUAAUGGGCAUUUUGCUUUUAUCAUUGUACAGCCUUACAAGUCUUCUGGAGGAAAAGGAUGUCAUUUAUUUGGAGUGGAGUAGCCCGGUCGGUUGUGCAGGCUAGAAAGCAAGAUUCAUGAGAGAAUUUUAUGUAUGCAAAAUACACAAAACUGUUCUCAUGAAGCUCCCAAAUCUGUGCCAAACAUUAUUAUGCAAACUCCGCAAAUAAAUAAACGAGAAAAUUGCAGUUAGAUCAUGCCUUAUAGCUGUGUAAACCAAAGCUGUGCCGGUGUCGUGUAUCUACAACAUGUAUCCUAUGCAUAAUCGAGGAAGCUAUGUACCAAUCAUGCAACGCUGCCUAUCGUAUAUACGGCACGGCACAACGCUACAAAUAUGCAGCGUAUUUUGUAACUGCGAGGUUAAUUGAAAAAAUACCCUUUCUCGGCAAUGCCUUCAGGAGGCUCCACGAAUGACAUUAGAAAACAGUAAGCCGUGACGAGUAUCUGUACUUCAUUUUCCACUCGUGUUCGAUUGACGGUAGUUUUGUUCUGGUUACAAGGUCUGACCUUAGAGUUCGUGAACUCGCCACCCCGCGUUAGUGUGCCUACUGAAACCAUGGGGGCCGUUUGCAAUUUGAAGGUGGAUACCCCCUGGGCCAAUUAGUCGCAAGUGCGCAUGUGUGGCGAGGAGGAAAGGCAGGGACGCUUGCAGACGAUCAACUUUCUCGUCAUCUCGCAGUUCGUGUUCCAAAAUUGAACCCCUAAAUCACGUGACCUUGAUCGAGCAGUUGGAAACACUAAUCUAGGCUAGGUGGCGCAAGCUACCGCCCGAUAUAAGGGGUACACUGUUAGGCGUCUGCGCGUGGGCGAGCGAUUGCUUGUCUCUAAACAGUGCGUUGGCGGAUAGUGUCUUAGCAUGCAGGCUCCCUAAGCAUGACACGGUGCGCUAGUAACAUUAUGCUGUCUUCUAGCUCCGGUGAUGGCGCGCAGCCUUGCUUUCUUUUUAACGGGUGGCAGAAAGGGAUCACAUGGAAGCAAAGACACGCCGUGGCGGCGCAGCGGCGAGUUCUCGUACUUUAUUGCCGCGCAUCAUAUUGAGAAUUUUCCGUCUAGUUUAUUCUAGGGGCUUUGACCCCUCUGCCUAGCAGAUACUUUGUUGAAUUAUUUUAAGUUUGAGAAAAUCCUGUCUUUCGCAGCAGGCCAAUUAAUCUUGACUUUACUGGAGAUCCGGUGCAUAUCUUUCUCCUACACAGGAUUUCGGUGCAAUAUUCUCUGUCGGGUUCAUUGCUGUUAUUUGUACGAGAACACAAAGCUUCUUUCAUGUCUACCUUAAACAAUAUAUUUGUUUUCCUUAGCGCUACGAGUUUUACCAUAUCCCUCGCUUCCUUUGCUACGGUGGUUGCUUUUGUGUCCUGAUCUUGGUAACGGAGUAUUUGGAUAUGUUCUUUGCCUUUACGACAUUGUAGUUGAGGCACGCACCCUUUUACCCAUCUGUGCGGAAGCGAUCUACCAAAACUCUAACUUUUUGUCUAAACAGGAACGUACAAACAUUUAGGGCGAAUUUGUGCACGCCUUCUUUUAGUAGCGUGUGUGCAAACUGUAGCCAGUGCUUGUGGCAGUACUUGUAUUCAAUAAAAAUACUUCCUCCAAAAAA